AUGGCGCCCCGUGGUCGUGGAGGAAAGUUCUCCAAGCCCUCUCGUGGAGGAGGCAAGCAUUUCAGCAGAGAUCUUGUCGGAACCGACAAGGAAGGAAACCAAAUGGGCAUGUGGCGGGAACCCCAAGACAAAAUCGAAUCCUCAGGCGAUGAGGGCUCCUCAUCCGAAGAAGAGAGCUCCGAAGAAUCCAGUGAGGACGAGUCCAAGCCCAUCGAAUCAUCCACCGCAGCCGGAACCCGUGAAGAGCGCCGUGCGGCCGCAAAGGCCAAGAAGGCCGCCGCCAUGAAGAAGCGCAACCAGGGCCCCGCCCAACCGGGUGAUCUGCCCCCCUCUGACUCGGAAGACUCCGACGACGCUCUGCCCGCCAACCCCAACCACACGGCCAAGUCCCGCUCCCAGACCCAGAAGCCCGUGGCGGGGUCUGAUUCCGAGGCCGAGGCUGCCCCGGCCGCCAAGAAGCCCGCCGCGAAGAAGGAUAUCUCACAGCUAUCCCGCCGGGAGCGGGAAGCCGUGCAGGCACAGCAGGCUCGCGAGCGCUACCAAAAACUGCAUGCCGAGGGUAAGACUGAUGAAGCCAAGUCGGACUUGGCUCGUCUGGCCGUUAUUCGGGAGCAGCGUGAGGCAGAGCGCCAGCGCAAGCUGGCGGAGAAAGAAGAGAAGGACGAACAAGCUAAGGAGCGUGCCGAGAUUGCCAAGGAGCGUGAGCACCGUAUGCGCCUUGCGGCAGCUGGUAAGCUCUCUAAGAAGGCUGGUGGCAAGAAGAAAUAA